AUGAACGGACAGAGCACACGGGGCAGAGGCCGUGGAGGCCGUGGCGGAGGCCGAGGUGGCUUCCAUCCCCAGAACAACACCCAGAGCCAGUGGCCGAUGCAGGACAACACUCAGCAGAGCCAGUUCCCCUACACCAGUCCAAGACUAUUCCGUCAAUGGAUAAUGUUUUGUGAUCUGAUUGAAUGA